AUGGGUACACCAAGAAGAAGAUUAGGACAACAAAAUAACAACAAUAAUAAUAAUAGUCCCUUUGCAUUAAGUUCUUCUAAUAUAUUUGGUUCGAACAAUGAGAUAUUUGGAAGCAAUUUCAUGCAUACUCCUAUGUCGAGUAGGAGAACAAAGAACAGUAAAAGUUUUUUAAAUAGUAUGUUGAAUGAAUCAAGAUAUUUAAAUCAGAGUAAUGCUGGUUCACAAUUUAUAAAAUAUGGACAUACUCCUUUAGCUAUUAGAAGAAUAAAAUGCGCAAGAGCUGAUAUUGGAGAUGUUGGUAGAGAAGCUUUUAUGGAGGAUGUUGAAUCGGGUCGUUUACCUCAUUUUAUUGAUAGUAAUUUAGAACAAAUAAAAGAAUUAUUUAAUCAAUUUUUUGAUGAAUUUAAUAUAACAAAUUAUAGUGAUGUUUUAGAUUUUACGGAUGAAGAUCGUAGUAUAAGUGAAUAUAUUUUAUUACAUCGUGAUAAUUUAAAAGUAUAUUUAGCUUAUUAUGGUUGGAAGAUGAUAAAAUUUAUUGAAACAGGAAGGCAAAAUGAAUGUCGAUUAAAUAAUACUAAUUAUGAAGAUGACGAUGAAAAUAAUGAGAAUUCUGAAGGCAUACGAAACUUAGAACAUAUUAAAUCAUUUGAAAUUGAUUUGACACAUAUAUUUUUUUUUAAUAAAAAAUUAUAUAAGUUAAUUAUUGAAUAUCCAUCCGAUUGUAUAAGUGAAAUUGAUAAAAUUAUUAGUACAAAAUAUAAUUCUCUUUUAGCUUUAGUUUUAGAAGGAGAUACAAGAUCAAGUUCAUCUGAUAAAUAUCCAUUAAGUAGUACUAAGCAAGAUUAUUGUAGAGUUCGAUUUUUUAAUAAGAAACAUAAAGAUACCCCUCGAAAAUUAGGACCCAAUCAAAUUGAAACCUUAGUUUGUGUUAAAGGUGUUAUUAUUAGAUGUUCUAAUAUUAUUCCAGAAAUGACCAUGGCAGCUUUCAAAUGUACAUCUAAAAAAAGAAUCGGUGUUAAUAAUUAUGAAAAGUGUAAUGAAGAAGUUUAUGAACAUGUCAUACAAGGAGAAGUACAAGAACCCGUCACUUGCUCUAAUUGUAAUAAUAAGAACACUUUUGAACUAUGGCAUAAUAAUUGUUGCUUUUCAUCAAAACAAUUAAUUAAAUUAAGUGAAGUUACAGAACAUUUAAAACAAGGAGAAACACCACAAUCAAUUUCUAUUUAUGCAUAUGAUGAUUUAAUAGAUUAUACUAAACCUGGAGAUACAGUUGAACUAACAGGUAUAUUAAAAGCUUCACCUGUAAGAUUAAAUCCAAGAUCUAGAUGUUAUAAUAGUGUACAUAGAACAUACAUAAAUGUUAUUCAUAUAAAAAAAGAAAAUAAACAAAAAAUGAAAUUAACUGAACAAAAUGAUACUGCUAAUAUUAUAUUAAAAAGAAAUGAAGAUGGUACAGUAGAGGAAAAUUUUGAAAAAUUAAAUGAACAAGGAAAUUUAUUAUUUACAACUGAAGUUAUUCAAAAAAUGGAACAAUUAAGUAAAGAUCCAAAUAUAUAUAAAAGAUUAGUAGAUUCAAUUGCUCCAUCAAUUUAUGGAAGAGAUGAUAUUAAGAAAGGUCUCUUAUGUCAAUUAUUUGGUGGUAGUAAAAUAACAGAUAAAUAUAAUAAUAAAUAUAGAUCUGAAAUACAUAUCUUAUUAUGUGGUGAUCCAUCUACAGCUAAAUCACAACUUUUACACUAUGUUCAUAAAUUAUCACCAAGAGGUAUAUAUACAAGUGGAAAAGGUAGUAGUAGUGUUGGUCUUACAGCAUUCAUUUCAAAGGAUUCAGAAACAAAAGAAUAUAUUUUAGAAUCAGGAGCAGUCGUAUUAUCAGAUAAAGGUAUUUGCUGUAUUGAUGAAUUUGAUAAAAUGGAUGACUCAGCUAGAGCUAUUCUACAUGAAGUUAUGGAACAACAAACAGUAACUAUUGCCAAAGCCGGUAUUGUUGCUACACUUAAUGCACGUACAUCAAUUUUGGCAUCUGCAAAUCCUAUUAAUAGUAGAUAUGAUAAAAAUAAAGCAGUUGUUGAAAAUAUUAAUUUACCACCCUCCUUAUUUUCACGAUUUGAUUUAAUUUAUUUAGUUAUAGAUCAGGCCAACGAAGAGGAGGACAGAAAGCUAGCUACAGUACUUUGUAAAAAUUUUUCUUACAAUCCAGAGGACGAUGAUCAGGAAGAACAAGAGGAAGAUGAACCUGACUAUCUUACACAACAAAGGAAUAGAAAAUCAAAAGGAGCCAGUAGAAAAAAUGAAGAUCAAAAUAAUUAUGAUGAUGAUAAUGAUGAAGAUAUAAGUAAUUACCUUAAUGAAAGUAAUGAUGUACAAAAUAAAAGAGGCAGUUGGGCUAAUGUAAAUAUAUCAUAUGAUGAAUAUAAUAAUAGUUCUAAUAAAAAAACAGCUAAGAAUUAUUUAAUUGAUUCAAAUACAUUAGCGUUAUACAUAGCUUAUUGUCGUAUAACAUGUAAUCCUAUCAUCUCACUUGAAAGUAAAAAAAUUAUUAUUGAUGAAUAUAUAAAAAUGAGAUGUAAAGAAGGUACCAAAUCUCCAACAGCUAGUCCAAGACAACUAGAAGGAUUAGUACGAUUAAGUCAAAGCUUAGCAAAAAUGAAAUUAAAACGUGUAGUAUCACCAGAUGAAGCAAAUGAAGCUGUGCGAUUAAUGAAUAUAGCUACCUUCCAAAGUUUAAUUGAUCCAUUAAGUGGUAGAAUAGAUUUUGAUCAAGUAAACUUAGGACAAACUUCUCAACAUAAGAAAAAAUCAGAUCUUAUAAAAGAUAUUAUUAUGAAUGCUUUAGUUUUAAAAAACAUGACAAAAGAUGAAUUAUUAACACAUUGUAAUGAAACUAUAAUGAACGAUCCAGAACAUACAACAUCUAUGGAUAGAAAAUCGUUUGAAGAAGCUUUUUACGAUCUUGAAAAAUCCCAGGAAAUCACACGAUUGUGUUCAGGAUUAUAUAAGAAAAAGUAA